AUGGCGGCAGACAUCGCAAGCAUUGCUCAGUUGUUGGACGCAACUCUGGACCACAAGCAGCACCGCAAAGCCGAGGCGCUUCUCAAACAGGAAGAGAGCAAGCCGCAGUACUGCCUCCAGCUCCUCAAGAUCGUCGCCGGCGCCAACUUCGCCAUCACCACCCGCCUGGCUGCCGCCCUUGCCUUUAAGAACUACGUUCGCCUCAACUACGUGGAUGAAGAUGGAAACCACAAGUUACCCGCCGAAGAGGUCGCCACCAUCAAGCAGGAGCUCGUUGGUCUCAUGAUCCUGUCACCACCGAACAUCCAGACCCAGCUUGGCGAAGCCAUCAGUGUUAUAGCAGACUCCGACUUCUGGAAGAGGUGGGACACGCUCAUACAGGACCUUGUCAGCCGAAUCUCGCCAGAUGACUACAAAGUGACGAACGGAGUUUUGGAGGUUGCACAUUCCAUUUUCGUGCGGUGGCGACCUUUAUUCCAGUCCAACGAACUUUACGAGGAGGUCAACCAUGUUGUGGAACACUUUGGAGAGGCCUUCGUACGGCUUUUGGCGAUUGCGGACCAAAAGAUUGAGGCCAGUACGAACAAUGCCGCCGAGCUCAAGGGUUGGUUUGAGACGCUGAGUCUGCUGGUCAAGAUCCUCUACGAUCUGACCUGUCACGAUCUCGCUCCUAUCAUCGAGUCAAACUUGUCGUCCAUCUUUCUCCUUCUCGACAAGUACUUGGGGUACAAGAACCCAAUAUUCGACGGCGACGAUGACGAAGCGACAGCCCUGGAAAAUGCCAAGGCUGAUAUUUGCGAGGCCCUAACUCUGUUCACGACCAAGUACGAUGAGGACUUCAGUGGCUACUGCGAACGAUUUAUCACAUCAGUCUGGAACCUGCUGUCCAAAGUGGGUCCAGAGAAGCGUUACGAUCUCGUGGUCAGCAGAGCUCUGCAAUUCCUCACUGCUGUGGCAUCGGGAUCCAAGCACGCUCAAGCGUUCAACGACGAGAACACCCUGGGCCAGAUUGUGGAAAAGGUCAUCCUUCCCAACGUCAGCCUCCGCGAGUCGGAUCUUGAAAUGUUCGAAGAUGAACCGAUAGAGUUUAUUCGGAGAGACCUUGAGGGAUCGGACACAGAUUCAAGGAGGCGAGCCGCCACAGACUUCUUGAGGAAGCUCUUGGAAAAGUUUGAGGCGCUCGUCACGCAGGUUGUUUUCAGGUACAUCGACCACUACCUGAAGCAGGGCCAGACGGACUUCAAGGCUAAGGACACUGCGGUUUACCUGUAUCUGGCCAUUGCCGCCAAGGGUGCUGUUACUGCUGCGCAGGGCGUCAAGACCGUCAACAGUCACGUCAAUGUCGUUGAAUUCUUCCAGAACCAUAUCGCGGCUGAUCUUCUGAACGUUGACGGAGUCCAUGCAAUCUCCAAGGUUGACGCCAUCAAGUACCUGCACAACUUCCGAAGUCAAUUGACCAAGGACCAGUGGCUGGCUGCGUUCCAGCCUCUGAUCAAGAACCUGGCGUCUAACGAGUACGUCGUCUACACAUACGCAGCCAUCGCCGUGGAACGAGUUCUCUAUCUCUCAAACGACGCUGGCGAGCACCUGUUCUCGAGAGCGGACAUCGAACCAGUCGCAAAGGAUCUGCUUGACCAUCUCUUUAAUCUCGUCGAAAAGGACAAGGCCCCGGCCAAGAUGCAAGAGAACGAGUAUCUCAUGCAAUGCAUCAUGAGAGUCCUGAUCGUGAUCAACACAGGUGUGCGGCCAAUCAUCGAUGGCGUUUUGGACCACCUCAUCAGCAUCAUCAGUGUGAUAAAGGCCAACCCUAGCAACCCUCGGUUCUACUAUUACCUUUUCGAGGCCAUUGGAGCAUUGGUCAGGUUCUCCGACCCCAGCCAAGAGGCAAAGCUGCACGCACGUCUAUGGGAACCCUUCUCUUACAUCCUUAAUGAGGAUGUGUCGGAAUUCGUCCCCUACGUCUUCCAGAUCUUCGCUGCCCUGCUUGAAGCUGCCCCAACAAGUCCGCUGCCUGCUGAUUUCAGCUCACUACUUGGGCCCAUUCUCACGCCUACGGUAUGGGAGACAAGAGGCAACGUGCCCGGAUGCGCUCGGUUCCUCUCGGCCAUGGUCCCCAAGGCAAAACAAGCCAUAGUGGAGUCCAAUCAACUGGUGCCGAUCCUGGGAAUAUUCCAGCGCCUUUUGGCUAGCAAGAAGACCGAGACUAAUGCCUUUGAAAUCCUGGAAUCGGUCGUGGCCACUUUCGAUGGAGCAACCAUGGAUGCGUUUUUCCCCGACAUCCUCAGUCUUACCUUCACCAAGCUGCAGUCCAAUCCCUCCGACUCGUACAAGCAACGAUUUGUCCGUUUCUACCACUUGGUCUCGGCCAACACAGCAGCCGGCAUGGGCACUGACUACUUCAUCAACCAUUCUGAGAAGCUGCAGCCCGGUGUAUUCGCGCAGCUUUACCCGCCAGUGAUCCUGCCAACCACGAAACAGUUUGCGCGUCCAGUCGACCGGAAGAUUGGUGUGAUCUCCUACACAAAGACGCUGUGCGAUUCCGCCGCGUUCGCACAAAAGUACGUGAAAGGCUGGGCCAACACUGCGAACCAUCUGUUGGAGCUCUUGCAGAACCCACCCAAGGUGGCGGGCGGAUUCGGAGACGAGUUCAUCACAGAGGCGGACGUGGACGACAUUGGGUUCGGCGUGGGGUUCACCCCGCUCAACACGUGCAAGCGCGGCCCGCGGGAUGAUUUCCCAGAGAUUGACAACGUCCAGGCCUGGGUCAGCGAGUACCUGAAGGCUGGCAAUGCGCGCCAGGGCGGGGCGGUUCUAAAGUUUGUGCAGGAGCGCAUGCAGCCAGAGGCCCAGGCUGCGAUCGCGCCUUAUCUGCAGUAG